AUUCAGCAACUUUGAUUCUGCUGAGUCACUGUUGUUGUGUUUGACGCUCAGCCCUAUAAAAUUACUGCCAAAGUAGAUUAUCAGAGGGGCUCUAGGAAGUGUCAGUGUGGAGACAACCUAGCGGUGGGAUACGCCAAGUUGGCAUUUCCCAUUUCAGCAGAUUUCACACCUGGAAAGCUGUUCUUAUCUUGACACAGUUUGCUAGAGUGUUCACAUCAGAUUUGGAUGAGUGCCUCAGCAAAAGCAGCACUAUUAGACACAAUUAUGUGACUGAGCAUCAGAAUUUCAAUUGCGUACCUCCAUUCACAGAAGAAAUGUCCCGCACAGUAGACAAAAGUGUUCUCAGUGUAGAACAAGAUGAAGGAGUUGGAGCCCGUGUUCGACGCAGCAUUGGACGACGUGAGCUGCCACGAUUUGAUCCCUUUCUGAUGCUGGAUGAGUUUCGUGUGGCCGCUCCAGCAGGUUUUCCAGAUCAUCCACACCGUGGAUUUGAAACAGUAACUUACAUGUUGUCUGGUGCAUUUCGUCAUGAGGAUUUUUGUGGGCACAAGGGCAUCAUCAAAGCUGGAGAUCUUCAGUGGAUGACAGCAGGUCGAGGUAUAGUUCACUGUGAGAUGCCAUAUGGCCCAGAAACUGGGCAUGGCCUUCAGCUCUGGGUCAACCUUCGAAAAGCAGAAAAAAUGAUUGAGCCCAAGUAUCAGGAACUGCUAGCUAAGGACAUUCCUUCAGGGACAAAAGAUGGUGUCACGGUCAAGGUCAUUGCUGGAGAAGCUUUUGGCAUCAAGUCAAAGGUGUAUACUCGCACACCCACCAUGUACCUGGACUUCAAAAUGGAAAAAGGCUCACGCCUCACACAACCUAUCCCUACAAGCUGGAAUGGUUUUGUCUACAUCCUGGAGGGUUCUGCUUUCUUUGGUCCUGACAACAAACAAACACUGGGUGAGCCCCAUCACACUUUGACUCUCAAACAGGAUGGUGAUCAUAUACAGGUUUACAACAAGGAUUCUGAUAUAUGUCACUUUGUGCUCUUGGCUGGUGAACCAUUGGGAGAACAAGUGGUGCAGCAUGGAACAUUUGUGAUGACAACAGAAGAAGAAAUCAGACAAGCUGAAAAGGACUAUAGACUGAAUCAAAAUGGAUUUGAAGGUGCAGCUGAGUGGAAUUCCUUUGUUGUGUUUGAAGAUGAUGUAGAUACUUUACUUCCACAUCAGAAACAGCUGCAGUAAUCCAACAUCCUUCAUUAUUCUGUGCUGAAUACUGCAAACCAGCUGAAAUGCUUUAAUUGAUUAUAGGUGUUUAGAUUAGUAUUUGAUUUUACUUUGUUUUUCAAGGGGGCAUGGAGUUAAUGUUUUAAAAAAUAUUUCAGUGUAACAGUGUUUUGCAGAUUUGGACAUGUGAUAUCAUCAAAUACCUUACUUAGGUAAAUUGAAUUUUGUUUAAUUAUCUUGUUGGCUGAAGAUGUAAAUUUGUUGGUUGCCUUACUAGCCACAGAAUUUUUCAACUGUAGUUUACUUCAGUGCAAUUAGAUAGCUUCAUGUAAAAAUCCCACGUUCUUGGAAGUGAUAUAUAUUCCAUGACCACUUUAAAAACCAAAUCCUGAUAGAUCCUGGCAGUUCAAAGCUUUUUAUUUUACAUGGUCAAAUUCUGUGGGUUGCUAGUACUUUUGGCAGUACUAUUUUGUUUUUGUACAUGACAAAUUGUAGACAUAAAAACAAGUGUAAAACCCUUUGGCUUUUUUUUUUUUUUUUUAUAUAAAGGCAACUGCAUUCUUUUGAAAAGAUGAAGAUCAUCCCCUUACUUUUUCAGGUUGUUAUUAGGGAUUGAAGUUUAGAGACCUCACUUUUCUGGAGGCCAGCUUUAUGUGAGGGUGCCUAUCUCCUCUCCCAUGCUGCCUUACCUUCCUUAUCAUUGGAAUCAGGUACUCAUUCUUAUCAGCUGGGUUGAGUGGGAAGUUUGCAAUUCUAGUGGGGUAUCGAACCUGCACAUUUAUCACUUUAGACACCAGUGCUCUAAUCACUUGAAAAAGUUUUUAGAUUAUUUUUUUUUUUUUUUUUGCUUGAGACAGUUCACCCCCUCCUCAUCUUAUUUGAGAGGUAUAUAGUUUGCAUAUACUGUGUUUGUGGAAAGUGAAUUAUUGUCACAUUUUAUUGUUCUCUUGUGCCAUAUUUAUUGCACAAAAACGUGAUGGUUGACCAAAUCACACAUUUUAUACAAAUUUAAAAUGUACAAUGCAGCAAUACAAUUUAUGAAACAUUGGAA